UCUCUGCUCUGUGGGGGAGUUUGUCUCUCCUCCAGUAGGUGAAGGAGUCAGUGGGGCUUUUGGAGAACUGCAAGUCCCAGAGAUCUCGGCAUCAGUGAACCUGGAAACCCAAGAGGUCUUGAAUAACAUGGCAGCGCCGUCCAGCAGCGACACAUGCGGGGUCAUGGAGCGGUCUAUCCGGGAGCGGGUGCCGCCGCUGCUCACGGACCUGUACCAGUUCACCAUGGCGUACGCGUACUGGCGGGCCGGCCGGCACCAGGAGCCCGCCGCCUUCGAGCUCUUCUUCAGGGACAACCCGUUCGGCGGCGGCUUCUCGCUGUUCGCCGGGCUGCACGACUGCCUGCUGUUCGUGCGCAGCUUUCGCUUCACAGACGAAGAUGUGGAGUUCCUGCGCUCAGUCCUGCCCCCGGCCACCGAACCCGCCUUCUUCCAGUUCCUGCGAGGCCUCGACUGCUCGGGCGUCAUGCUCCGCUCCGUCCCAGAGGGCACGGUGGUGUUUGCCAGGGUGCCUCUGAUGGAGGUGGCAGGUCCGCUGGCUGUGGUUCAGCUGCUGGAGACCAGUUUACUGUGUCUGGUCAACUACGCCAGUCUGGUGUGCAGUAAUGCUGCCCGUUUCCGCCUGGCGGCCGGCCCCAGGAGGAAGCUGCUGGAAAUGGGCCUCCGGAGGGCUCAGGGACCAGAUGGGGGGCUCACCGCCUCACGAUACACACACAUCGGAGGGUUUGAUCUCACCAGUAACGUUCAGGCUGGUUUCCUGUUUGGGGUCCCCGUCGCAGGGACCAUGGCGCACUCAUAUGUCACUUCCUUUACCUCCCUGGAGGAGGUCUGGCCACAAACUCUCGUGGCAGUAAACGGGGACCCCGAUCCAGUCGACUUCAUCUCGUUGACGAAGGGCUGGUUGACUCGUGUGUGUGAGCUUCUGCGGGCGGAGCAUGGGAAGAUCCGUGAGGGCGAGUUGGCCGCCUUUCUGUCCUACGCCAUCGCCUACCCUCAGAACUUCCUCCCUGUGAUCGACAGCUACAGUGUUGGCUGUAGCGGUCUGUUGAACUUUUGCGCUGUGGCCUUGGCGCUGUGUGAACUGGGCUACCGGCCUGUAGGAGUUCGUCUGGACAGCGGGGACCUGUGCAGGCAGUCGGUUGAUGUCCGUCGUGUCUUCAGACUCUGCAGCGAGCAGUUCUCCAUCUCCGCCUUCGAUUCACUGAUCAUCGUUGGGACCAAUAACAUCUCAGAGCAAAGCAUGGCUGAGCUUAACAAGAAGGAGAAUGAGAUCGAUGUGGUCGGUGUUGGGACUCAUCUGGUCACCUGCACCAAACAGCCCUCGCUGGGCUGCGUUUAUAAGCUGGUGGAGGUGAGGGGGAGGCCCAGGAUGAAGAUCAGCGAGGACCCAGAGAAGAGCACCGUCCCCGGGAGGAAACAUGUCUACAGGCUGAUAGACGCUGAGGGCCAUCCUUUCCUGGACCUGCAGUGUCUCGCCGUGGAGCCUCCUCCAGAGGCAGGAGUCUCUCUGAGUUGUUACCCUCUGGGGUGCGAUAACUCCUCUGUGUCCGUCACUCCAGCUCAGGUCGUCUGCCUGCGCCAGGAAGUGUUUACCAAAGGACAGGUCACACACCCUCUGUGCAGCGCUGCAGAAACUAGAGCAAAGGUCCAGAGCUCCCUCCAGACUCUGCACCCUCGACACAAGAGGCUGCAGGAGCCAGACUCUUACACAGUGGCGCUGUCAGAGAAGCUCCAUAACCUGGUCACAGAGAUUCGAAGAGGAAACUCCAACAACAGCAACUUUCUCCUGGCCAACUAAAGAGAAUCCUUCUUCUGUGGUCAUCUCCUGUUUUUAUUUUAUAUUUUUAUUGAAACUCUUUCUCAAAAGUGCCUCUCAGUAAAUGUUUGUUUGAACCCUGACAGUGUUAACACCGCACUGUGCUGCAGCCUGCGUCAUUCAAAGCUAAUGUCUAUAAAACAGAGUUAAAGGUCCAGUGUGUGACAUUCAGGAGGAUCUGUUGGCAGAAACGGAAUUUAAUAUCCAUAGGUAUGUUUUCAUUAGUGUAUAAUCACCUGAAAAUAUGAAUCAUUGUGUUUUUGUAACCUUAUAAUGAGACGUUUUUAUCUACGGAGGGAGCCACGUUGAACAGACAAACCGUAGUUUACUCUAUACACUGGUCCUUUAAAUGAACAGAACUUUACAAGGUGUUUUACUUUGGAAAUCCCACAUGAAAGCAAAUGAGCGUCUGUCUAACUUAAAGAUCCCCUCCAGACAUAUAUUAAUACAUAUAUUAACGCAUAUAUACAAAUAGUCUGAUUGGAACAAUAAUGUGUGUCUGGUUUGUUUCUUCCGGGCGUCGUGGUAGAGCUGGUGCACCGAGCUCAUCACCUCUCUCCCUCCCAAAGACAAAUCAUACUAUAAAAGUAUAAUUUCCAUAUUAAAAAGUCAUCUCCUUCUUCUACCUCAUUACGAACUCCAGAAUCUCUGAAUAUGUAAAUGUUCAUUCCUAAAGUUUUCCUGCUGGACACAAGAUGUCUCCAUCCUCAGUGUGUGUGCACUCGUGGAUCUCACUGUAGAAGUUGGUCACCUGAUGGUUUCAACAAGCGAGCAGUUAAAAGUGAUGGAUGAUGUAACAGUCGGUCACUCUCUACGCUGACGGAGCGACGUGGACGUUUAAAUAAGCUAUUAAAGGGUCCUGAGCUUUUA